UUUGAAGACUUAUCUGGUGAAAAUUUCAACCUUGAAACAAGAACUCGAUCGAAAAGGAGAAGAACUGUCGCUCUGACACGCGAAGUUUCUUGCUCCAGACCAACACAACACGUUGUUGCCAUCCAUUCCAAUACUCUCAUGUUCCAACCACGAUGAGCUCUCGACACCACCACGAUUACUCUUUAGGAGAUGUGUCUUCCUCAUCGUGGCAAGAGUUGAGUUUUGCCAGUGCUCAUAGCUCGUGUGGCAACGAAAUGUGUCCUUGUAACUCCACAACUUUUUGCCAAGACGUUUGCCCGUACACGGACAACAGCAACAUGAUGGCAUCAACUGGAGAUAAGGUCUUCUACGAGGAAAAUCAGGCCGGUUUGACUUCUUUGCCGGGGAGUUUGCUGCCUUACUUGGGUUCCUUCCUGUCGGUGAAUGACAGUACCUCCAUGGCCAUGGCCAAUCGUCAUCUGUACCAGGAGACUCGCUGGUACCAGAGUGACAACAAUGCAUCCGUGCACUGCUUCCAACGGUCAGCGGUCGUCUUUCAGUUGGUCCGGGAAGCUCGACUUCCUCUUGUGGAUGAAAUCAAGAGUAGCUUACAACCCUACAAGUUUCUCUUUCAAAGCCCUCUCUACGGGACCAUUCAAGUUGAUCUGGCUAUUGUCCAUCAACCCCCCGGGGGAUAUGAACCUGGUACUCGCAUACUACAAAGAUCCUUCCCUGAUAAUGAGUCUCUCAGCGGCAAUGAGGAUUGGAAGAAUCUUCGCAUGCGAGUGAACAUUCAAAAAAGAUUCCCAAACGACCAUCCUCGUGACGACAACCAACGUGCCACAACAACUCCCAAGACGAUCUUUCGCUUUGAUGAAUCCAUACCCAGGUGCACCAUUUACUUUGAGUCCAAAUAUAUUUCCAGGCAAUGGAAGGCAGGACACUUGGGGUAUCUGUUGCGACUUUGUGCCACGAGAGCUGCAAUGUUGAAAACACCACAAGAAGGCAGAGAUGUUGGCUGUAUGCCAGUACCCAAUGUGGAUGAUGUCGUUACAAAACUCCAAGCAGCGUUGCGAAAACACAUCAUUCGGGACGUGGGAAUGUCAAAGGACUCCGAAUGACUAAGACAGAAUCAAACCAACAAAUGAACUUGGGCUGGUGAAAGGAAAGAUAAUCUAGGUUAGUACGCAGCAUUCGGGACGUAGGUAGUGUCAAAGGUGUCGGCUAAGCAAACGAACUCGGGCUUGUACAAGACAAGCUGAACUCGGGGAAGUACGUUGAAUGGAUGCUUUGCAAGCAUCAGUGUUCAAGUUUCUUAAGCUAAAUCAAUUGAGCUAUUAUGUAUAACGUGCAGUUGUGAGU